AUGGCGUUCCAGGAUUCAAACCCUUUCGGUGUUCUGGCAGACACCCAGUCCCCAUCGGCGGCGGCGGCGGCGGCUGGAUCACCACCCCAGGUUCAACUCGUGGGCGCUGAGGGCGAGGAGCCACUGGAGGUUGUUAUUGAGAAUGUUGGGUUUCUGGCUUUAGGCGGCGACAUCAAGGUCAAAGUUCUACCAAAAGGAUAUGAUAAGGACUCAUUACCACCAUCGAGCGCAUCGUUAUUUUCUAUCGCAAAUAGGAGCGGGCUGUUUGCCGCCGCAGCACAUUCAGAUUUGGUCGUUGGCAGCACCUCAUCUCUUCGUGAAACUUUUGCUAGCGCAUCUGAUGGCAUUGCAGAGCAUCGCCCCCAACUUUCCCUUUCGUUGCCCGCAAACAUUUCGCACAUCGCAUUCACGGCAGAUGAAUCACAUCUUGUAGUUGGCUCUGCUUCGGGAGGACUUGUGGUUUAUUCCGUCAGCGCACUUAGUAACAGUAAUGCGCAACCUCUAUUUGAGCUGGGAACGGGUGGUGUUGGGCUGAGAGAGAUGAAGCCUAAUCCAGCAACGCCUGAAUUGGUGGCAGUUGUCACCACCAACGGGGAUGUUCAAAUGGUAAACAUAAGCACAAGAGGAUGGGAGGAAGGGUCGAAUGGCCCGAUAUUGAAGACAGGCGCAUCAACUGUCUCCUGGAGUCAACGUGGAAAACAAAUUGUUUGCGGAAUGGGAGAUGGAACUGGCUGGCAGAUGACACCCCAAGGAGAAGGAAAGGCUGUUUUACCGUCAGUUCCUGGCCUGGAAAACCAUUUCGUCUCAUCCAUUGUCUGGUUGGAAAACCAUCUUUUUAUCACAACUCACACCCCAGUCCCAGCAGAACCACAGAACAAUGACUCUCUUUUCCAUGUAUUGGUUCGGACCGGCUCUUCAUUCACAUAUACCAGGCUCCCAGACCCUGUUCCCCCAUAUGGCUUGGACAGUCGAACACCACCUUAUUUCUUUCAUGCCCUCAUCAAACAAUACGCCCCGAGCUUGAAGGAUAUGAUCAUAUUCUCAAAUACUUGCUCGUCAGACAUUGGCCUUAUCAGCCGCUUCUCCACGGCAGUAGCUGGCGAACCUCCUGCGCCUGCUGAUGCUUGGAUAACUUCGUCGAUUGGUGACGAUACCCGCCGUGCACAGCUGCCUUUGUCUGGGGCCGAUUUCCAAGAUACCUCUGUUAUGGGCAUGGCGCUUGAUCUUAGCAACAAAGAAAAUGUCAAACGCCCUGUUGGCGGAGAGGAAAUUGAAGAAUCCCCGGGGCCAUUACCUAUCCUGAUGGUUCUGAAUCAUGAGGGUUUAUUAUGCGCAUGGCACGUAAUCUACAACGAUGCUAUGGAACAGCGCGAAAAGUACACCGGAAUGAUGGUCUAUUCACCACAGGACCAGCAGCAGCAGCAGCAGCAGCAGCAACAACCUCCACGGCCGGGGACUCCCCCUAGGACAUCAUUUGCAGCUGCUGCGCCGACUGCAGGCACCAGCUCCCCAUUUGGAGCGUUUGCCACUAAACCCGGACCUAGCGCGUUUGGUACGGCCAGACCAGCUUUUGGUGCCCCUAGUUUUGGAACGCCAAGUAUGGGUUCACCUUUUGCGGGCGCUGCCUCAGCUCAGACUUCAGGGAGUGCCUUUGGUCAGCCAUCGGCGCUAGGUGCAUCGUCGCCAUUUGCAAAGGCAGCAGCUAUGGGCCCGACCACGUCUGGGAGCGCUUUCGGUCAAACCUCAGCCCUAGGACAGACUUCAGGAACUGCUUUUGGCCAACCCUCAGUAUUAGGGGGGACUUCAUCUCCAUUUGCUAAGGCAGCGGCUUCAGGUACCACCUCCGGGAGUGCUUUUGGCCAGCCAUCUGCCCUGGGAGGUUCACCAUCCCCGUUUGCGGGUGCAGCGUUAGUGGGCCCUGCCACAUCCACCCCAGCAUUCGGAGCACCAACUUCUCUUGGGCUAGGAAAGAGCUCAACACCGGGGUUUGGUCAAACGGCGCCACUCGGGAGUACAGGGGCAUUAGGAAGUUUGAGUAGCGGGUUUGGUGCAUACGCAGACAAAGCUGGGUUUGGUGCAUACGCAGACAAAGCUGGGUUUGCUGCUGCCGCCGCACCUUCCGCAGGUGCCACACCAGUAUGGGCUAGUUCGGGCAAGGGGUUUAAUACAGACCCCACACCUUCUGCAUUUACGGCUUCGAAUACAUCUGGUUUUGGAUCUCUCGCGGGCAGCGGGUUUAAAAUCUCAAGCGGGUUCAAGCCUGACUCGUCAACUGCAGAUGAAACGACAGCUCCCUCAAACGCUGGAAGUAGUUUUGGAUUAGGUGGUGGAUUCAGGGAUGCCUUGGGCACUACACAGGCCACACCAAGAGGGUUCAGCGAUCAAGGGCCGAAAGACGCGGACAUGGAUAGCGAUGCCGAGCACGAUAAUAAUGCAAGUGAUGAUGAUGAAGAUGCCCCUCCUCCGACUAGGCUUCAGGGCGGCCCAUCGCAACCAACUGCUUCAACGCCUUUCUCAAGAACUGCUGGUUUACCAAGUGGAAUCUUUGCGAAAGCCAGUGCCGAAGCGUCAAAAUCUAGCCCGUUUGCAGCAGUUAAUAAGCCCGCUGGAUCAGAAUCUCCAUUUGCACAGUCGCCAUUUGGACCUAGCAAGACUGAUCCAAAGUCAUCACCGUUUGGUGCGGUUGCCAGUGGUUCGCCAUUUACCCAUGGCAAGGCUGCGUUUGCGCCAUUACCUCCCAGUAGCACACCGUCACCUUUUUCUGGCUGGGGUAGCGUGAAGCAGACCACAAGUCCUUUCACUACUGGUGCUCAACCCAUGAAACCAGCGUUCGGAAGUACCGGUUUUGGUGCCUUUGCUCCGAAACCGCAGCCCUCAAGUACAGAAAGGUCGACGCCGCCAGUGACUAGUCAGCCUGAAGCUGCGCCGUUACCACCAGAUUUUACCCUGUCCAAAGCGAAAUCAGAGACAACUGAGAAUCUUGUGCCAGAUGCCCCUCUACCUCCAGAUGUUACCUCUUCGAAGAAAGAGACUAAGCAGGAGCUCAAUGCUGAGGACGCUCCUUUACCACCCGAUUUUACAUCAGUCAAGAAAGAAUCCAAACAAGACUCUAACGCGGAGGAUGCGCCAUUGCCACCGGAUUUCACUUCUCAGAAGGCUGACAAGGGAGAUCGUCUUGAAAGCGCCCCUGAAGAUGCACCGUUGCCACCCGAUUUUACAAAGAGUAAGGAGAAGACCGCAGAGGAGGAAAUCCCAAGCUUGCCUGUAGAUGAAUCGGAGGAUGAAGGAAUCGAAGCUCACGACGAGGAGACUUUUGACGAUGACGAGGGCGAUGAUGAGCAAGAUGAUGAAGAAGACGAUGGAGAAGGCGAAGAAGAUGAUGAAGAAGAGGAAGAGGAAGACGAAGACGAAGACGAAGACGAAGACGAAGACGAAGACGAAGAGGACGAAGAGGACGAAGAUGAAGAUGAAGACGAGGAUGGUGAGGAAGACGUAUGGCUCAAGGAGCAGCAAGAGCGCCCCGUGACUCCCAAAGAAUUCAACUACGAACCCAAGCCAAAACUCUCAACAACAAGUCCAAGCACGUCUAACAUCUUUGGGUCCAACACAUCCUUCAAAGAUACGAUUGGCACUGUCGACAAAGCUGCUCCAUUCGCUGGUCUGUUUGGCAGUAAACCAACACCUAGCAAAGAAAUUGAACAUGGGAAAACUCCAACCAAAACAAGUUCUUUGUUCGGAGCGCCAAAAAGCAAAUCGCCAGGACAUGGAGUCACUCCGCCUUCUGGGAAGGAUAAAUUAUCCAGAUCUGGCUCUGGAAUGGGUGGAAGUGGGAUGUUCAGCAAGGCAAAGAAGGUAGGAGCUGCAGAAAUCGGGAAGUCUGUUACCACACCAGCUCCUGCAUCUAGUUCGUCGCCUUUCCCUACACCUUCACCAAUUCCUGCCCCUGCCCCCACAGCUUUUUCUGCUGCUAUCAACAAGGCAGGAUUCGCAGCGCCUUCUUCGGGGUCCCCGCCACCAUCUUCAUUUCCCCAAACCUCUCUGGCGCCUAAAUCUCUAGGUUCUACCCCACCUGCUGCAGGCAGACCACAGCCGGGUCCAUUCAACAGAACUGCAUCUGCUCCUUCCCCGCUCGGCGGAACGAACUUUGGCUCACCUACAGCCCAGCUGCAAACCAGAAGUAGUCCGCUCUCAGCGCCAUCAUUUCAACAGGCACCGAAGGAGGCCGAGAAGAUCGAAGAACCAGAUAGUGAUUUGGACCUAGACAAGGAAUUUAAUGAACUCGACGAUGAAAAGGUUCGAAGGAAGCUUCAAAGAGGGACGAUCAAGCCGCUUGAAAACUUGCCCAAGAUUAAGAAUAUGGGAGAAAUUCAGCUCUCAGAUGAUUUUAAUGAAGUCUUUGACGCUAUAUACCUCAAUGGUAACAUGAUGGUCAACAGGCUUGGUCUAACAGUUAGAGGUAUGGCAGCAUAUCACAUGGCCCAGACUCAACCUACCGCCGAUUGCAAGCACGAAAGUGCAAAAGACAUGAAACAGCCUAAGGACUGGAAGCUCUGUGAACUCGAAAAAGUUCGAAAAAUAUUGGAAGAGGUAUUGGAUGGUGUGAAGAAAGAGAACAAGGGAAAUGAAGAACUGGAAGCGCAGUAUGAAGCCGCAAACAAGGGAUUCAUUAAGCUGGAUACCAAAGACGCGGAAAUCAAGCGCUUGCUUGCAGUUCACAACGAUCCCCGAGCAGCCGCCCUAGCCCGCGCCAGAACCCUGACAUCUGAGCAACACCUACAGCAAAUAAAGCUUCGCAAGGAGUAUACCCGUGUUGAGAAACUCCUCAAAGACGCCGAAAAGGAAGUCACGCAGCUUAAGGCCAAAAUAGCCUCCCGAGACAAGAACAACGCGGGCACAGUUGUCCCCCCAACUGUUGAGGCGGUUCGUAACACUAUUAUGAAACUCACCGGCAUGGUUGAGCGUAAAAAUGGAGAUAUCGAAUAUCUUGCCGAUCGUCUUAACAGAGUCAAGCUGAAGAGCAGAAGCAUCUCUGUGACACCUGGUGGUCGGUCUAGACUUAUGUCCCCCGAUAUCGGCGUAAGAUCUGAAGCACCAUCAAUGAGAUUUAGUACACCCGAAAGAGGACUUGGUGGUAGUAUUGGGCCAUCGUUCGGAAGUGUUCCAACGCCCGUACUGACACUCACGGAUCCGACUGAUGUUGCUGUAGCAAGGGAGGAGAAGAAGGCUAGGAGGGAAAUGGGGAAUAGAUUGAGGGGCGUACUAGAGAAAAAUGGCCCCAGGGUCACAGGAGGACAAGGGCAAGGGAAUUAUUUUAUGAAAUAG